UAUGCACAGGUGCUGGAAUAUGAAAGCAGAGCACUGCACAGUGGAUUUUCUACCCUUGACGUAGCUCUGGGGAUUAGUUGCUCUCGUCACAAGCAACACAUAAGAAGGAAGGUAUACGAAUGAGAGGGCACCACUAAAGUGAGGACGGCCGUAUUGAUUCUAAGCACCACAAGAUCAAGAGUAAGAGACACAGUCCUAGUUACAACUAGUCGAAACCAGCAUGGCUAAAAGCAAUCUUUUUUCAGUGCUUAUUCGAGCGACACAAGAAAUACAACAAACUCGAAUCGAUGAAAAAAUGCCCAAAAAGAGGCGCCUCCAAAAGCAAAAGAACCGAAGAAUAGCAGUUAGAGACAAUACAAGGUAAGAUAUGGACGCUGUCGAAUUGCUGACAUCGAAAAAUUGAAGCAGCAAAAUGAAAGCGUCGCUAUGCUUGGGCGUCUUCGAUGUACUCAGUACAACGCUCAAUUACAUGUGACACUCAGUUGUAAUCCUUCAUGCAAAAUAAAGAAAAUCUUCAUCUUCUAAUUCUGAAUAUUAACACCCAAGGCCAAGUAGACCAUGUUUCCUCCUCGCGGCACGGACCCUUUCGAGACCUCGCUUCAGGGUCUUUCCGUCCUCGUUCAGGGCGGACGGGAUGACAGCAGCCAGUCCUCGGGUCCUAGGAGUCGUGAGGCUGCGGGGAACAGUCGAGACGGCAUCUCGUCUGGAGGGUCGUCCCAGAUCACACCGGAUGAUCGACUCGAACGGUCGUUGAGAGGUGAGUCGCAGUUUAUCGCAAUUCACUCCGCUGAGGUGAGCAAACAACUCCGAAGCGCGGAACAGCCCAGACCGAUGAAGAGUCCGCUUCCGAAGUCUUCAAUCGUGAGCGGGGAGAAGACCUACAAUUCUUCUGCAUCUCCGUUGCAGAAAAUCAAAGGUGCUGCCACCUCUCUUGAAGAUGAAGUAGCCGACAUACUAUCGAGUGUGGCGUCGCCUCUGCGCGCACGUGGAUCGCGAAGAAACAGCACAGUGACGAAGGCUGGCAGCGCACGGAAAGGGAAACUGGAUACCCACGCGCCAGAUCAUGGGUCGACGUACUAAUUAGCGCUAGAAGUUUUUAAAGCUCAGCAUUCAGUGGUCACUGACUCUGAACGGAAGACGAGACCCCCAUCAAAACUCUCCCCUUUCCCUUCGUUUUCCCCUGUUCUCUCAAGGGGUCGCCUCUUCGAUCUCAGUGACCAACCCCACUGACCACUGAGCGCUGCGCUUUAAGUAGUGGUAGAAGUAGAGGUAGAAGAAGCUGCUGGGAGCAGUGGACGACUACAAAUUUGUAUUUGACUCUAGUAGUUUCUUGAUUCUUAGCUAGCAGUGCCAGUCGACGAUUACAAAUUUGUAAUUUCUACUAACAAGGUUUCUUCCACCCCGCGUUUCGGCGUCUGCUGCUUCACAGCAGCUUCCCUCAGAUUCGGAUUUGCUGUGGCUCGGCAACGGCGUCUCUCCAGCGAAGCCAAGUCCCAUUGCAGAAGGCGGAGAAGGAGAUGUUGUUGCUCUUAAGACUGCGCAAAGUGACGUCGCCACUACUGAAGAUGCAGAACAUCAAGUUCAUAGACCUCCAUCCUCGGCUACCUCAACGAGACCACCAGCUGCGCUACCAGCUACCACUACAUCAUCCUCAACGACGGCCACACCCGUAGCGCGGAGCAGUAAGUGGGGACCGGGAAUCGAUCCGGAUCUGCAAUUGCCAACAGUUGGCACAGCUUCCGAGUCGGACUUGACGGGAGCCCUUCGUGGUUUAGUGCUGGCGUCGCCACCAUCGAGUGGGGUAGUAUCUUCUGCUAAGGGUCUCGAAAAAGUAGCAGCCAACGCAGGGGAUGAGGAAAUCGGUCACGAUCGAAGCGAUGAAGACGAGGAGGAUGAUGAACUCGCACUAGAUCAAGCCCCCGACCGGUCAGAAGAAGAUGACACUUCACCAAAACCAGAACUGCAAAAGGCACGAACAACUACGCCUUCUUUAGACCAAGAUAACGUCGACCUUUCCAAGAGCAUAAACGACUACAGAUAUGGUGGUUUUCGGGCUGUAAACAAAGAUGCUCACAUGAAUCUAGUCCGCCCCAAAGGACCAGUAUCUCGUGAGACGGUCGAAUCCAUGGUCUUUCUUUCGCCAGGUAACGAGGCAGGAGGUGAAAUCAGGAGUAAAUCGCUGCUGGACUCACUGGACGCACGCAUAGCAUCGAUGCUCGGAGGACAUCCAGCUGACACCUUCAAAGAGGAUAGUCCUGCGGCAAAGGCACGCAAACUAGUGAACAGGGAAAUGGAGAAAAUGACUGGAGUAAGAGGCGAUGGGGGGAGGACGAGGAUGGAGGAAGACAAAGAAAAAGAAGAAGUGGGUGUGCAUGUUGACGAGCAGAGCAAUGUCUUUCAAGAUGGAACAGGAACAGAGGGUGAUGCUGAUAGUCCGCUUCUGAAGACAUCUUCUAGUAGCAAAGAUCUCUUCCGGAGUUUCGCUAGCGGAGUAGAACAAGUAGAUAAGGAAGAGCCUACAGAUGAACUAGCACUAGGUGCAUCGCGACAGGCACCGCAAGAGGACACCCGCAAAGACCACGAUGAUUUUGGGACACCAAGAGCCGGCGACGUCGACGCUCUGAAUGAGUCAAUCACAAAUGCUCUAGCUGCACAAGAACUCUUUCCAUCUUCUUCGACUGACAAGCCUCCACCACUGUCUCUAAACUACAAAGAAGGGACCAGGACCACUAAUGACAGCAUCAAUCAAGAAGAACUUCGACAGAAGAACAAUUUUUCUCUCGAAUGUCAGCACGAUGGUGAAGAGGAUUCCCUAUCCCCAAAAAUCGCGGCUUCGCAAUUCAGCACCGCGCGACGCGGUACCCCGCAGAUGGUCUUACAAAUGAGUCCGGAAGAUACUGCGAGUGUGGCUCAUGAUAAUGUCGCAGCGGAGAUGAUGGACAAUAUGAUGGACGACUUGAGCUGUUACUAUUCAGCCACGUUUGAGCCGGAAAGUACAACAGCCUUGUCUUCGGCGCUUUCAGUCGCUGACGCGAAAGAGGCUGAAGGUUUGGAUUCCGACAAGAGGCAUGUGGAUCUGAACGAGGAGACUGGUCGGACAGCAAGCCUCCACCCAGAACAGCAGCAGACCAAGACAACAAGUUCUCCUGGUCCUCUUGCGGCCGACUCAUCAUCUGGACAACUCAAUCAGGACCUCCAAACAAAAGAACCUCAGCAGCAAGAACAGAUGAUAGAGCCAAAUCUAGUCUCUAUGAGUUUAGAUCUUGAGCCCGAUGUCCGUACAUUCUUGAACCACUGCGCAACGGCGACUGCCAAGUCACAUCAAGCAGGAGGAGCAUUCGAUGGGAGCUUAGUGAUGCUGAGUAAAUCUUUUGAACGAACACAUGAUGAAACCGAUAUGCUCCAAGCGCUUGACAACAUGCGAUCAAUAUCCUCGUCUAGACCACCGGAGGACGACGUUGCAGGCGAUACUGUUGGUGGAGUGGAUGACUACAUUCAACACAGUAGCCUCCACUUCUCCGAUCUGCCUUUGCCAGGUGAUGCCACGACGACUAGAAGCCACAGUGAGGACGACGAGAAGCCACAUUCACUACAACAAUACGGCAGCAUCCUUCGCAAACAAGCGUCGAGUAACCAUGACGUCUCAACACGGGAGGGGGAGCUGAGCGACCACGUCACUCCAGUUGAGAAAUUCACAAGUUCUGCUAGCACAACGUCCAGUGUCCAGUCCUUCAAUAGAAGCACGUCCUCGUCUAGGCUAGCUCUGCCAAACACGCGACAGAACAAGCCUCAACCUUACCUACCAAACGUGCUACAUCAUCAACCUGGGGUUGCUGGAGGUGCUGGUGCUCAUGAUAGCCACAUCGAUCCCGUAACUGGCGGCCCAACACGAUACCGCACAGUGCGAGCACCGAGAAGAGCACAGCACGAAGCGCAUGCAGACAGGAUGCGAAGGGCUAGGUCGCGGUCAGACGCAUCUUCAGGUGCCGGCAGCUCUGUGGCGUCAAGCACUCAACAAAUGAGGAAAGGUGCUGCAGCUUUGAGAAGAAAUAAUGUGACAGGAGGAACUGGGCCUGGGACGGGCACCGGAAACGGAAGAGGAGGCCUAGCGCUAGCUGGAGGCACUAAUCGGUCAACAUCACAAGCAAUGCUGCUACAACAAUCAUCUCAAUCUGGUGGUCAACAUCAUCGAGGAGCAAGAAACUCCAUCUCAACAUCCAAGGCUCCGUCACCCGCAGCAUCGACGCCUUCUUCUACUAAAACCGGCAACUACUACAACAGCGCGGCUAGCACGGGGCACUCUUUUGGCGGUAACUCGACUACGAGAAGUCGGGCCAGCAGCAAUACGAGGAUACCAGUCCCUGCACCAGAGUCGUCUUUGUCUACUGCCUCGAGCACCGCGAGCUCACUGAUUCAAGCUGCGAACAAACAGGGAGGGACUAAAUUCGUAUCAAAGAUCCGACCUCGCGGCUACUCUACAGAGGCUGCAGGUGGAGGCGGAGCCUCUUUAGCUGGUAGGAGAAGGAUCCACACAGGGGAUCAACACCUGCUGAAUAGUAUUAACAACAACAAUUUUCUUCAGCAAAACGAGAUGAAAGGUCAAAGCACAACAGCAGAACCAGCAGGAGCGCCUCCACCUACUUCAUCAUCAUCAUCAUCAAUCUCAGCAUCUUCAUCUGGCAGAACCGUGAACAAGGCCGAAAAUGCUCAACAUAACGUCAAAACGAUAUCAGACAGAGAAACAGAUACAACAACUAGUACUCAAGCUCUGCCUACGUCCACCUCUGAAGUCCCAGCAAUGAGCGAAACGAAAAUGCAUCGUAUGGCUGAUGCAGUGUUAGCGGCGCCUGGCCUACCUGAAGAACUGAAAGAUGAUCUCCUUUCGCUCUUAAAGAACAGCACAGCUCCAGCUCCUCAAAUCGAUGGUGAUGAUGCGGCACCUGGCGCAGGAUUUUUUGUUGCAGCGACCGCAGAACCCUUACACGACGACGCGGUGGAUAGUGUUUUGUAGUUGUAGAGAAGUGCAAGUGGUUGAUCGUACCACAUGAUCAGGUACCAAUGAUUUUCUUUAGCGUGGACCGCGAGCUAUGUUUGAGUGGUGAAUUCUAGUUUGGAUAAGGACGCACGAUAAAAUGAAUCAUCACACCCGAUUUAGAUUGGACAGGGCAACAACUAUGGAGAUUGUCCAAAUUUGAAUUAUGUAGAGUGCAACACAAAUUAAUAGAAGACAGGCAAUGAAUACUAUGAUGAGAGAAGCAGGAGAUGCAGAUGAAUCUGAAUCAUCCAGCAUAUUGACAUUGAGGGAUUUGCAAUACGAGAG